AUGGCGGGUCGACGACUGGCUAAGGCGGAGCUGGAGGGACGAGGGAGCCCGACUGGACUUACAGGCCACGGCGGAGAGGAGGGAGCUAGGAGACAUGGUGGAGACGCUGGGUCGACGGGCCGAGGUAGAGUCUGGGACUCAGAGGCUGGAGGCAGAGAUAAGGGAUCCUCCAGCCACGAUGCCCAUUGGAGACUGGCAGACCCGCGGCAAACCCACAUCACAGAUGUUGGGCUGAGGUUCAGGCACAACCUCUAUGGUCGUGAUGGUGCAGACAGAGAGGCGCACAAAGACAAAGACAGUCAAAGGUGUGCAUCAGAUGAGGAAGAUGAGGAGGUGAACGACUACCGGGUAAAAUGUCUGAAUAACCUGGCAGCAGCACAGCUGAAGCUUGGACAGUCUGACGAGGCUCUGCACACCAGUCGGGAUGUGCUGUUUCUGGAUCCCCAGAAUGUCAAAGCGUUAUUCAGGAAAGGGAAGCUUUUAUCGGACAAGGGUGAGUAUGAGGAGGCCAUGGAGAACCUGAAGAAGGCUUUGAAACUGGAGCCGUCCACUAAGGCCAUUCAUGCUGAACUGUCCAAGUUGGUAAAAAGACAGGCGGGGGAAAAUGAGACCCAGACUUGGCAAGCUAAACCAGCUCAAGUGUUGGGCGAAAACAUAGCGCCAUUUCUGACACCUCCGCCCGAAAAAAAGCCGUUUGGAAUUUCUUGGAAGUUUCUGCUUGGAGCUCUAGUGGUGGCCUUGGGCAGUUUAGUCACAUCUGUGGUCCUGUCCGCACGGAACUAGCUCUCUCGACCUACUUGCAAAUUAACUACAAGUCUCACAAAAGGAGAAAAAAAUCCACUGAACUGUUUAAAGAGCAGCUAUAUGGGUGAUUCUACAGGUGGCACACCGCAAGGCAAAUGCGUUUAAAAUAUUUGCAAUAAAACACUAGUAUUAAUAUGUUUUUGAGUUUUGUUUUACUUUCUGCUAUAUGACAUGUAUGCACAGUGAUGGAAUUACUGGAAUUCAGGGGAACAGCGAUUACAUCAUUAUGGUAGAAAAUGUAGUUAUGAAAAAUAGCCUCU